AUGGAAGAAGAAGACCUUGCAAAGAGAUGGGAAAGACUGAACCUGUCCUCGACAGAAAGUGAAGUGCUAAAAAUUCCAUCUGCUAGGUCUGAAAAGAAUUUCUUACGUAGAAAACAUUGUAUAGUUGGGAGUGUCAUGUCUGAUAAAGGUAUAAACCAUGAAGCUUUCAGAUCAACAAUGUCGCAAGUUUGGAGAUUGGAGGGAUGGGUAAAGUUCAAAGAUUUAGGAGAACACAAAUUCCUAAUCGAAUUUCAACUUCUGGUUGAUAAAGAAAAAGUGCUAGGAGGACGACCAUGGUUCUUCGAUAGAAAUCUGGUGGCAUUUUUAGAAAUGGACGAGGAUGAUUCUUUAAAUGCCACUAGAUUUCAAUUCGAACCAUUCUGGGUCCAACUUCACAGUCUGCCGUGGGGAGCAAUGACUGAAGAAGUAGGGAUUCAUUUGGGUUCCUCGGUUGGCCAUGUCAUUAGAGUGGAUGCUGACUCCGAUGGGGUUGCAUGGGGGAAAUGCAUGAGAGUAAGAGUUGCUGUCGACUUACACAAACCCCUUCUACGUGGAAAGUGGAUGGAACUUAAUAAUAGAAAACACUGGAUCUCUGUGAAGUACGAAAGGCUGCAGGCGUUCUGUUUUCAAUGUGGCAUUAUUGCUCAUAAAGGCAAAAACUGCACACUGCAGAGGGAUCAUUCACAAAGCCCAGAGGCAAAGCCUUUGCAGUUCGGACCAUGGCUCAGGGCACAACCACUGAACUCUAAGAUUUUUGAGGCUAGACAAUAUGGGGGUACAUUUGGUGGUAGGAACCAACAGCAAAGACAGCAAUCCGAAGAAGUCAGGGGUAGGGAUAAGGAAGCUAGCAGUGAGAAGGACAUAAGGAUAGAAGAAGCUUUAGCCUCAGUGGAAGUUCUUCAGAACCCAAGCUAUCAAGUUUUGGUAAACAACGCUAAAAGGGGUAACCAAUAUAAAGAGGAUGCUAUUCUUUCUAUUUCUGGAAACUCUUCAAAGACAGAUUCCCUAAUUGCUCCUAUGAAUGAGGAUAAGUCUAGCCUAAUAGUGGAAGUGCCUAACAGUAUUGGGGUUAUGACCAGACAGAGAGGGGCCACCUGGAAAAGAAAAGCAAGAGAGGUUUUUCCUUCUAACCCUAUGGAUACGGAUUUAAAUAGCAAAGGCAACAGGAAAAGAAGCUUGACUGGACAAUCGGAGUUACCUUUAAAAAACAAGAAGGCCAAAGGUAGAAAAGACCCUGAUGUUAAUAAUGACAGUAUAAACCAGGUGGAGGCUGCUAGGCAGCCCCACCAACAGAAAUGA